AAGUCGACUGAAUGGAACAUCGAAUUGAAUUGCCAGUCGAACACCGGCUCACUCCCGCUGCGAAGGCACAACUACUAAGCAUAGUGCCCUUGUCUGGAUGCCAGGCGACAGGGUACCCACACUCCUCGCAUGGUGCGACGGCAAUGGCAUCAUAAUCGAUCCAAGAAUCCGGGUCGUCGACAAUGACAUUGAACCGGGCCAUCUCACCGGGAGUUCGCGCUUCGACGUGGAAGAGAACUCUUCAAACUGCGGACGGUCGUGUGCUCGCGGUCUAGACAUCCACUCACGCGACCAGUGCAUUCACUCGCCAUGUACCUUGGUUUACAUUCCAAAAACUGCCGUAUUAUCCGUUAGGUCCUCCUUCCUCUCCUCACGAAUAGAACCGGUUCCUUACGGCCACGGCGCUCACCUUUCGCUGGCUCUUGCUCUGUACGGUGAGCUCUUGAGGGGCCCUGAGUCGCGGUGGUACGGAUACGUCCAGAGCUUGCCUCGUGAGACUGUAGACAUCGCCGUGUUCUGGGGCGAUCCUGUGGCAAAGUCAACUGCAAACGAGGAUUUUGAGCGUGCAAGCCAUGCAACGUGCAACGCUGGUCAGGGUAGCGCAUGUGCUUCAUGCAAGCGAUUGUACGACGGACGAAAUGCAAUGGCUUGGUUGCAAGCUACGGAAGCCGUUUGGGAGUUGAAUGACUUACUGCACGAGAUACAACAAUAUUAUGCAGACGUCGUGGUGCCCACGUUGCGCGCAGUUAGCAACCCAAAGCAAGCGAAAUCGGCAAGCACAUUACCUAGCGAGGAACCCAGUGCAAAGGUCGACCCGGGAUUCAAGGAAAUGGAAAUGUCGCUGCCGGGUUUUUGUCAUGCCUACUCCCUCGUGUUAUCUCGUGCAUUUUGGGUGGAUGCAUUCCACGGGCUAUCCAUGGUUCCAAUUGCUGAUGUGUAAGUGGUCACAUCUGUCGUUAACGCUUUUCUCCGUUAGUAGUGGUCCCAAAUCAGUAGCACGAUCAUCAUAUCGUGUCUAGCCUUUGUACUACUUUCUUGUUGGGGUUCUGGUCGCCGGCGGUACCAUCUGCAGCCUUUCUUACCUAGGUUAAGCCUGCACCAUUGCCCUUUUCUAGCGGUGCCGGGCAUACUAUUACUCUCGCCGCCGGCAUAGAUAUCUAUUGACUAAAUCUACUGUCCUCUUUCCGUGCAAACCGGCA